AUGUUAACAUCGUGGUUCAGGGCCCAGAUCAAUUCUCGUUUCCCACAACAAUGUGAUCAAGAAUCUGCGAAAGUGCCAUGUCCAGAGUCCCCCAAGCUUCCUGCUGGAAUGAGCCAAGAGGGAAUUGGUAAAGACAGAAUCAUUGAGGGCGAUCUGGAGGAAAACGAAGAUGUCUCGCUUCUGGAUCUUUUCCCUACAAAUCCGAGUGUAGCACUCCAUCAUUUGACGCCUAUUUUGCCUGCUGCAGACAAUAAGGCAGCUUUAGCAUGUGUCAUUUCUUUGCAAGCUCUCUUCGGGCUCACACUUUUGUGUCGAAGAAUCCCCAAGUUUGGAGAACUGGCUUUCAGGACAUACUCCACAAUGGCGGCUCGCAAGAUUACGGGCCUGCUCUUAGUGACUUCUUCUGCCAUUGAAAGUCUUCGAUUUCCGCUCCCAUAUGACCCGUGGGUUGAGGAGGCUCGUGAAUGGCGUAACUGGGCCAUUCGUAAUGGAGACAAUCCAAGUUGGUGGUUUGGCGCCAUUGAGUGGUAUGAGCCAAUGUCAUACGGCUACUGGAUUGAGCUUUUAAGAAGGAGAUUAGAUAACGAAAGGCUCGCAAAGAAAAGGGAAGCGCGUCUGGAGCAAGAUGAAAUACGUAAAUUUAAUAUUUCGUUAAACCCAGACGGAACAGGGAAAGAUGUUGAGUUCAAGUUUGCGUUGCCUUCUUGGAGCCACCAGCAUCAGUUUUAUCCAGAGCUCAAGCUUAAUAACAGAGCUAAUUUUACAGAACUCUUAAACGGCCCAUUGAAAGACGUCAAUGAGUUGAAUAAGGCUGAACGCAUUGAUGCUGCACUUGAACAAGAUAUAAAGCAGAAGAAGGAGAAAGGGGCCUCCGAGUUCGACUUCGACGAACCAGAAAUGAUCCAUCUUCCUGUAGGCAUUACAAAGAAAAAAUGGGAGUCUGACGAUAACUUGUUCACUCUGGCAUGGACUCGCUGUGAGCCUUGGUGGGAGUUAGCACAAGGAUUGAGCAUGGAGGUCAGACUAGUACCUAGCAGCAAGAAUGUUGUGAUCAGCGAUGAAUAA